UUUGGAAUGGAGGCGGUGGUGCAGGCGGAGGCGUAUGGCAACAAUGCGUGGGAUGGUCAGCGGGGCGUUGCUGGGGCAUUGCUGGCCGCAGUGGCCACCCAGUGGGCGGCAAUGGCAACCCCUCCAAGGGCACGAGGUUUCGCGGCGACCUGUGCCAUUAUAAUCUGGCGAACAUCGCGAUUUCAGUGCCUGUUCGGCUACUGCCGCCGUGAUUCACGAUUGUCCAGCAGCAACAGUGGCAGCAGCAACAGAAACAACAACCAUAAAAUCUACGAAAUCAUCAAUGACUCCCAACCGCCUGACGUAACACAGAUAGCCAGGAUGCAGAACAAUCCCAGCCCACAGCUACCCUGUAAGGGUAUACUCAAGACUUCGCGUAGCUUCGAUAAGUCGGGAGCCAGUUUUCGCAAAAGUGCCAAGUUCGAUGAGCUGAACGUGAUGCAGACCUUCCAUCCGGCCGACAAGGACUACGGACACAUGAAAAUCGAUGAGCCCAAAACGCCGUACAACUACACGGAAGGCUUCGACGAGAACAGGGACGAGCUGGACACGGAGUUGCUAGUGGAGAAACUCCGCAUAGCGGCUAACACACAGCCGUCGACAGAGAGCAUCGAGGACGAUGGUUCCUCCGGUGAUGAACAGCCCCUUAGCGAAGAGGAGCGACAACGGCGACGCGAAUUCGAGCGACGUCGCAAGGCCCACUAUCGCGAGUUUGAGGCAGUCAAGCUUGCACGAAAACUGAUCCAGGAGGAGGACGACGACGAUGACGACGAGGACAAGGGUGCGGAUAGCCGGCCCUCGGGCUCGGCACAGGGCGCUUCCAGCUCCGGACGAUUCGCGAGCAGUUCGGCCAAAAGGUCGAGCUCUCAGGCUGACUCCACCACAUCCCCGUCUACCAGCGCCGGCCAGAAUAUGGACCUGGAGCCAUCGAACAACUAGAAGCAAUGUCAACCCAUCAAUCAAUCACUAAUGUUUACCUAGCGGACAAUGGACGAUUCUGAGGGCAGCUCAUCCAAAACAAUAAACAAACGAAAUUAUAUCAAAUUAACAAGUGCUGUGCGAGUACGGAGUGGAUGCUGAUUAGCAGGGUGGCGAGGAGCACUCGUGAUUAAUUGAAUUUACCCAACUAAACACGAAAAACAAACCUUUGCCAAGGAGGUGCGUCAUCGAGUAGUGAACACAGCCGAUAAGCCGUAGGGCAGAAUGGUCGGAGAAUUUGAUUGUACGACACAAAAUAUAAUUAUCGUAUGCGUCUCAGCCGUAGCGUAUUGUACUGUUGCAAAUGUAGUUAAACAAAGGUCUUUUAAAUUGAUAUCGAGAUGGCAAGCCACCCAUUGAGUUUUAGUCCAAGUCUCCCAAGUUUUGCAUUUAAUUUGAUUGAAUGCCCAGUGCCACAGAAUGGAUAACUUGUUGUAACUAGCGAUGAAGUUGAUUUGGCCUUACUUUUAGUUAUUUAUUAAUACGAUACUAUUAUGAUUACUAUUAAGUUUUAGCCAUCGAAUGCGAGCCGAGCGUUUCAAUAAAGAGAGUCCAAAAACCCAAUUGAAAAAA